GCCAAAAGUGGGCUUUCCUCCAGUCAACAAAGACGCACUCACUCUCUAGUCCUCCGGGCUUGCGGCUGAGGAGUUACAAGGCAUAUGAGUUGCGUGGUGCAUAUUACAGUCGACCCUUGAACAACAUGGGGGUUAGGUGCACCAAUCCCCACGCUGUUGAAAAUUCACGUGUUAACUUUUGACUCCCCCAAAAUAUAACUACCGAUCACCUGCUGUUGACGGGAAGCCUUACCAAUAACAUAAACAGAAGAUGAAGACAUAUUUUGUAUAUUAUAGGUAUUAAAUACUGCAUUCUUACAAUAAAGUAGGCUAGAGAAAAGAAAAUGUUUUCAAGUUGUUGCAAAUCUUCAAAACACUUUCCAAUAUAUUUAUUGAAAAAAAUCUGUGUAUAAAUGGACUGCUUCUAGGAAACUCAAAUGGAAUAAGUGUACACACAGCAACAUGAACCAACCCUAAAAACAUCAUGCUUAGUGCUCGAAGUAGGAAGCAGAAUGCAACAUAUCAAAGAAAGCCAUUUACAUAAAUGGAAAACGUACCCAUAUUGAACAAUAUUGAUUUUGUGUAACUACCUCCAAACAAAAAGACACACAUUAAGUAAUUAAAACGGCCAGUGAUUGAGAGGAGUUGGCUAAUGGACAGGAUGGUUGCUGGAAACACAGCAUCUGUGUGUGAUUUAGAAAAAGCUGGCCCCUCUGGGCAGAAGCAGCCCUUUUGGACAGUGCAAGGCUUGAUGGGCUGAGAGAAUGAAUGAAUCUACGAAGGAAUGAAUUAAUGAAACGAGAGGAACCUGGCGUGGGUCAGUACCGAUGAUGUCACCUGAGGAGUGGGGGUGGUCAAAGGUCAGUUUAAACACUAACAUUUAUUCUAAGAUUUGGGGUUUCUACUUCUGGGACUCAUUAGGCACAUCCCACUCCGACCCCCCACCGGAGUUGUUAACUGGAUUUGAAAACCUCCCAUUCCAUCAGCGCGGGAAAGGAGGCUGGUGGCCUGGGGUCUGAACACAGGACCAGAGCCUUUGCUGGGGGGACCCCUUCACCAGUCCAUUUCUUUCCUUCCAAGCAGCCUCCCCACUAACUUUGCCUGUUGACCCCUAGGUUACCAACAUCCCUGAUGGAGGGCAUCGUGUGGGCAGCUCUGGAGCUUGCCCUUACCUGCAUCUCAGCCCUCAGCCUCAUCUCCCCUGUCUGGUUCCAGACCCCCACCUUCUCCUUUGGAGUCCUCACCUACUGCUCCUGGCCUCAAGGUAACAGCUGGAACCAGAGUUGUGGGACCUUCAGGUCCCUGGGUGAUAUUCCUGACUUUGCCUGGAAGGUCUCAGCUGCAAUUCUCCUUAUAGGAUGGCUCCUGUUGGCCUUCAAUGCAAUUUUCCUCCUAUCCUGGGCUUUGGUCCCCAAAGGGCUUUGCCCUAGGAGGAACAGAGGCCCCAUGCCAGGGGUGCAGGUGGUAGCAGCCACCGCCACCGUGGCGGGCCCGCUGGUUUUCCCAAUAAGCCUGGCCUCCCCAUUCGCCAAGGAAGCCUGCGGAGCCUCCUCUGUGUACCACAGUGGGCAGUGCCAGCUGGGCUGGGGCUAUGGGACUGCCAUCCUCAGUGCAGUCUUGGCCAGCCUCCUGCCCAUGACUCAGUUGCCCAGCAAGACCAAGGCCCAGGGGAGGACCAUCCUCUUCGCCAGCAACACUGAGAAAACCAUCGUCGUCCCGGAAAUGAGCAAAUAAACAUUUCCCACGGGGAGGAAAAAGAGCCGAUGCUAGAGUUGCAGGAAAUCACCAUGUGCCCAGGUUAAAAUCCCACCCCUUCUGUCUCCUUGCUGUGUGACCUCAGGCAAGCCACUUCACCUUUCUGGACCUCAGUGGAUUCUUCUGUAAAAUGCAGGGUGAAAUAAUGCCUGCCUCAGAGUUGCUAUGAGAACUUGAGAUGCUCUGUGUAAAUGAAACACUUAGCACAAUGUUGAUUAAUUGUACUCAGUAAAUUUUAGGUACCAUUAUUAUAAUGACUGCCUCACAGUGGUGGGAAUUGAACCUCCUCCUGAAAACUGCCCAGGGUAGUUCUGAGGUCACAUUGUCACUCAGAUAGUACAUCUUUUAAUGGACAUGUGCAUAUUCUCUUUCUCUCCCAUUUUUUUAAAUUUUGGUAACAAUAAUAUACAAUCACAUGAGCAACAUUGUGGUUACCAGAUUCUCCCCAUUAUCAAGUCCCCACCACAUACCUCAUUACAGUCACUGUCCACCAGCGUAGUAAGAUGCUAUAGAGUCACUACUUGUCUUC